UGUGGGACCCCUGAUGUACAGGAAGACAGGACUUCAGUGCGGAACAUUUCCCUCACUCAGGACAGGAAAGUGGCUUCUCCCUCAUGUGCAAUCUCUGAUGUUUGGAAAGGCUGCAUUUCACUGAAAACAUUUCCCCACACACUCAGAACAGGAAUACGGCUUCUCCCCAGUGACAGGAAUAUGGUUUUUCCCCUGUGUGAGAUCUCUGAUGUGUGUAAAGAUGAGACUUCUGUGAAAAACAUUUCCCACACUCAGGACAGCAAUAAGGCUUCUCCCCCGUGUGAGAUCUCUGAUGAUUGACAAAAUAUGUUUUUGUUGCAAAACAUUUUCCACACUCAGGACAGGAAAGUGGCUUCUCCCCCGUGUGAGAUCUCUGAUGCCUGUACAAACUAGACAUCUGUGAAAAAACAUUUCCCCACGCAAGAAACAGGAAAGUGGUUUUUCUCCCCUUUGUGUGAUCUCUGAUGUCUGUAAAAAUUGGACGUCUGUGAAAAACAUUUCCCGCACUCAGGACAGGAAUAUGGUUUUUCCCCCCUGUGUGAGAUCUUUUUAUGCCUAUUUAGAUGGGAUUUAAAAUGGAAACCCCUUCCCGCACUCAGUACAGGUACAGGAGAAGCUCAUCUCUGUUGGA